AUAAAUUCACCUUCACCCCUCUUCAUUCUUUCACACGCAACUUUCGCAUAUCGCAACGCCACUUUCUCUCAAUCGCUCCUUUUCAUUCCGAUUUCUAGGGUUUCGCCUUCGUUACCCUUCCAACGCUCUUUCGCUUUGGCUUUGGCUUUCAAUCCUUAUCUGUUCUUUGUGAUUAGGUUUUGCUGAUUGAGGAUCUUCGUAUCGUAAUUCGUUGCGGCAUUUUAAUCGACUUAUCAAAACAGGUCUGAAUGAACUAAUGGAAUCUAAAGGCGGCAAAAAGAAGUCUAGUAGUAGUAGUAGUAAAUCAUUGUUCUACGAAGCUCCCCUCGGAUACAGCAUUGAAGACAUUCGACCAAACGGUGGCAUCAAGAAGUUCAGAUCUGCUGCUUAUUCCAACUGCGCUCGCAAACCAUCCUGAUACCCCUCCGGAUUGAUAGUUCGUUGCAUGCAACUUGGUUUUUGUUAGCUUUUUUUGGUUUUCUUUUAGGUUUUCACUGCUCUCCUUCAAACUCCAUCUUUCCAAUCCCUCUCUUUGCGAUUGUACUCUGUUCUGGUGGUUUCUAUAUCGUUCGUUUUCCUCCUGAAACAUGGCCAUGGCAGUUUCAGCAAUUGGUUUUGAAGGUUAUGAGAAAAGGUUGGAAGUAACCUUUUUCCCUCCUGGACUUUUCGCUGACCCUGAUGGAAGGGGUUUAAGAUCUCUUACGAAGUCCCAGUUGGAUGAAAUUCUAACGCCAGCUGCUUGCACCAUUGUUUCUUCGCUUUGUAAUGAUGAUGUUGACUCUUAUGUUCUGUCUGAGUCCAGCCUCUUUGUCUAUGCCUACAAGAUCAUCAUUAAAACUUGUGGCACUACAAAGUUACUGCUUGCAAUCCCACCCAUAUUGAAGUUUGCCGAAAUGCUUUCCCUUAAAGUCAGAUCUGUAACGUACACCAGGGGAAGUUUCAUUUUUCCUGGUGCUCAGCCAUAUCCACAUCGCAACUUUUCUGAGGAAGUUGCCAUCCUUGAUGGCUACUUUGGAAAGCUUGGAUCUGGCAGCAUGGCAUAUAUUAUGGGUUGCCCAGACAAAGCACAAAACUGGCAUGUCUACUCUGCCUCUGCUGAUUCUGUUGCCCCACGUGACAAUGUUUAUACUCUUGAGAUGUGCAUGACGGGCCUUGAUAGAGAGAAAGCACUGGUUUUCUUUAAAGAUCAAUCUGCUUCAGCUGCCGCGAUGACAGUUAAUUCUGGCAUUAGAAACAUUCUUCCGGAUUCUCAGAUAUGUGAUUUUGAUUUUGAGCCUUGUGGUUAUUCAAUGAAUUCUGUUGAAGGGGCUGCUGUUUCUACCAUUCAUAUUACUCCAGAAGAUGGUUUCAGCUAUGCAAGCUUUGAGUCAGUGGGGUAUGAUCUGAAAGUUGUUAACGUGAACGAAUUGGUUAAUAGGGUGUUGGCCUGUUUCCUACCAAAUGAGUUUUCAGUAGCCGUUCGUGUGGAUGGUGCAAUCAAGUCAUUGGAGCAGACUUGUUUUGUGGAUGUUAAGGGAUACUAUCGCGAAGAGAGGAGCCUCGAGGGGCUUGGAAUGGGUGGUUCUGUUGUCUACCAAAAAUUCUCUAAGAUUUCUGACUGUGCUUCACCUAGAUCAACUCUGAAGUGCUGGAAAGAUGAAGAUGAAGAAGAGUAGUAUAAGUGUCUGUGUCUUUAUUGUCUUCUGUUUUCGUUAAAAUAAGUCUGGCUUUCCAGAUACGUUCUUGUUUUCCUUUGUUGUCUUUUGCCUUAUUGUUCUUUCCCUUUCAACGUUGCAUGGAAUAAUAAACCAUUUUAUGUUGGUGAA